AUGUCCACAUCUGGGUUUAGUCUGUUCCUCGGUCUUCUACAACUCGUGGGUUUCUUAUUUCCGUCGCGAAUUUCUGCAAUUAGGAAAGAUAUCGGAUUUUUAGAAGAACGGAGUUGCAGAACAACUAUCCAAGGAAAAUAUUUGAUUUCCGAUGAUGAAGGCAAUGUGUGUGAUGCUCUGUCAUUGGAUACUCGAACUCGUUGUUGUCCAUGGAAAGGAGAAAGAUUCUCUUGUCAUGGAUGCAACCUCCUUUCACAAUGUUGCAGUUCUUAUGAAUUUUGUGUUUCUUGCUGUUUGAAUCCGUCUCGGACGCUUCUUGAGAAGGUGGUUAAGGUAAAAGUUGCAAAGCCUUCUACAGCAGGGACUUACAGGACUGUAUUUGAUUUUUGUGCCGGGAGAUGCCGCCAUAAUUCUGAGAGUGUGGUUCAUGAAAAUGCAUACCACAGCAAGUUUCACCAUUGUUUUUCUCUGAGAUCAAAUGCUUCAGGAGCUAAUCUUACACAAGUUGAAACAAGACUUCUUGGCAUUGACGUUGUUGUCGGAAGGCAAGGAGAUUCAUGUGAUGCAGUUUGCAAGUCGCGUGGACAAUUGUGUGUGAUGAAUAAACUGUCACUUCUAAACCAAUGUGACGUUAUGCAAAGAUACAUGCCCUGCAAAGGCUCGUGCUUAGCAAGUGCCGGGGCUGACCAACCUGCUGAAGUUGUCGAUGAUGCACCCAGAGAUUUGUAUCCAGGCGCGUGCUUGUAUACCCGGACACAGUCAAUGCUUUCUUGUGACGGUUCACACCAAUACACCCGUCGACUCUGCCCAUGUGCCUAG